AUGACUAAAGCAGUGCCCCUAAAAAUCCUCCAAAUCAAAUUGAAACGAAUUCAGACCUACAACGACAAUCUACGAGCCAAAUUAUGUCAAGAGAAAACAUACAUCUCUAAUUCCUCGAUAAGUGUCAUUGAUAAUUGCAAAAAUUCUAUAGAGUAUUUCUUGAUUCCAAGAGAGUAUUUGGAAGGCGAGAGCCGUCCCACGAGGUUUGUCAGCGUAUAUCUUGAUCAAGAUCCGUUGAUUGAUUCUAAUUUGCAACUAAAAUGUGGGGGUCUUUGUGGCAGCUAA